CUCACUGACACACCAGACCAAUCAUCAAAAGCUAUGGCCUAUUUCUCUCCUCAUCGUCUGCUUCCUCUAACAUCUAAAGCCCCCAAAUGUCCAAAACCUAAAAUUCCUGAAGUUUCUCUAUCUUUCUUCACGUCAGCAUUCAUCCCCUGCGAUCCCCGACACUCUAACCCUAAUCCUACGAGUCUUGGUGAAUCUUCUCUUCAUCACUUCUAUAUGAAUGCGAAAGCUUCCAAUUUGGUGAGUCGAUCAGGGUUCAUGAGAAGGGAUGUGUUGCUGGGUACGCUUCUCGGUGCUACUUCUUUUCCCUUCGUUGCCUUUGGAUCAUUAGCCGAAUCUGUAGAUCUGCUAGGGAGCUUCCAAGCUUACGAGGAUGAGAACAAUAAAUUUCGGAUUUUUGUUCCUGAAGGCUGGUCAGUUGGUGCUGGGGAAACUAACAGGAUCAAAUCUGUCACUGCAUUUUACCCCAAGGAAGUUUCUAAUUCCAAUGUCAGUGUCACCAUCGUUGGAGUCGGUCCGGAUUUCACUGGACUAGGAUCUUUUGGUAAAGUGGAUGCUUUUGCAGAAACUCUUGUAAAUGGCUUGGACAGAAGUUGGCAAAGGCCCCCGGGGGUUGCGGCAAAACUCAUCAAUUCUGCAGCUGCAAAUGGCUUGUACUAUAUUGAGUAUACUUUGCAAAAUCCUGGUGAAAGAUUGAGGCAUAUAUUCUCAGCCAUUGGCAUAGCAUCCAAUGGAUGGUAUAAUAGGCUUUACACAGUUACCGGUCAGGUGCAAUUGUUCUACCCAACCCAAUUAGAUUCUUUUGAUCAUGACCAAUCACUCGGAUCUUUUUUGCAUGGUUUUUGAUGUUCAUGGAUGAUGAGGAGGAGAACUACAAGUCCCUAGUUGAAAAGUCUGUUUUAUCAUUUAGGUUAAUAUAGACUUGAAGGAAAUGGGAACCAGUCCGCUGGGCCUUGAAGGAGCAUUGGUGUUUGCAAGAGUCAGCACAAACUCAGCUUCAUCUAACAUUAGUCUCUUUCGAAUGAUUUGUUUACUAAAUGUACCAAAUCUUUUGAUAUGUACUUUAAAGUGAGGCUUGCAACCCAUAUCACCUGUAAAUAUUGAGCAGGGCAACUUUAUUCUAAAUAUUUAGUUUUGUAUUAUUACUAGUCUUAAGACCAAUUAUCUACUUAGACAUUCUACAGAAAUUUGAGUCUUCAUGAUAAAUUGUAAUAUCAAGGCAACUCUUGGUACAGCUUUCCAAUCGCUCGGCCUUGGCAAA